GAGAGAGGGAGAGGGGGCAAAGAGGAGGAUUAAAGCAGAACCUCGAGAUUGGAAGAAGCCGAGGUGGUAGUCGACACCAGGAUGGGAUCCGUUUCUAAUCAGCAGUUUGAAGCAGGUUCAGGGAGAGGUACUGAGCAAGAGCUCGGAGAAUCUCCCAAGGCGAGCGUGUCUUUCGGCACCGGUCAGUGUAAAUGGUUCAACGUUCGCAUGGGAUUCGGCUUCCUUUCCAUGACCGCUCGGGAUGGAGUCCCUCUCGAUUCGCCGAUCGAUGUCUUUGUCCACCAGAGCAAGCUGCACAUGGAAGGCUUCCGCAGUUUGAAAGAGGGAGAACCAGUGGAGUUUACAUUUAAGAAAUCUUCCAAAGGUCUGGAGUCGAUUCGGGUAACGGGUCCAGGUGGCACCUCCUGCAUUGGGAGUGAAAGGAGGCCUAAAGGGAAGAACAUGCAAAAGCGAAGGCCAAAGGGAGACAGAUGUUAUAACUGUGGUGGUUUGGAUCAUCACGCGAAGGAAUGUAAACUAGCCCCCCAGCCUAAGAAGUGCCAUUAUUGCCAAAGCAUCGGCCACAUGGUGGCCAACUGCACAAUCAAAGCUGCCCAGCAACAACAAUCUGCUAGUUCUCAGGGAAGACAGGAAAGCAAGCCAACAACUGGGCCCUUGACGUCAUCCCCCUCACCAACUACACCACAAGAAGUGGGAGGAGAGCACAGCACGGCCCUACUCUUGGAAGAGACGGGGGAGCAUUUGGAAAAGCUGCUUCCAGAAACUUAUGAAAGCGCCCUGCGAGAGUUCGCCGAGGAGCCAAGUAGGCAAAGCUCGAAUUUUCAGAAAAGAAAAAAGACCUGACGCCGUCAGUGCCAGGAACCAACUCAGGAUACAAAACUACCUCAGGUUCACCUACACUGCCGAGGUCAAGAUCCAGCAAAUCUCCAAAACAAUCAAAAAACUUAAUUGUGAAUCCAACUUCUACUCAUUCUGAUGAUGGAUAGGAUUUGGAUAAACCUUCAGCAGUCUGAGGCACACUGGAACAUUCUCUUAGACAAUAGCCCCCAUAACCUUUCAACAACCCUAAUACUGCCACCACAGUUUUCAAAGCACAAUUUAAUACCCAUAAUGUCAAGACAUUCUUUGCCUAUGUUCAUUUUUCCAAAGAACCAAGAGCAAGAGAUCUAUCUUUCUUUUAAUAUAAACCUCAAUUCCCUUACCCCUUGCAAAUUGUUUUCUUCUUGGUGGUAUCAACCCUGGCUUGAGAACCACUGCAUUGAUUACUUUUGAAGGCUGACACAUUGAAUUCUGAACAAUGACAAUAUGACAGAAGGUGUUGAGGUUUCUUCACUUCUGGCCUAUACCUUGUGUGUUCUGGCAUCCUCCCCCUUCAUAGUUCAACCUUUUUUAAUUCACCAAACACCAGGUUAGAUGUCGAAGAACCAUGUGUCCUUAAAACAUUUUGAUCACAUGGGUACGUCCCACAAAGAUUGACAGUACUCGCAUCUGGGACAAUCAUUUCCCUUUUUACUGGAGGUUGAUGAUGUUAUCUCAGCAGGUAGCCAAAAGUUUAGUCCCAUAUGUCUGAAAGAUCUGCGGUUGACCAGUCACACUGAAUUAAUUCAUACAGCGAACCCAUCAUUGUGCAUCUUAUCUGACUUCUUAACACCACAGCAGUUAAAACUAAUGACACAUUUCUUUUUAUUUUGAACUCCCUAGAUGAGCAAACUGUUCUCCUCCUUGGAUACCUAUCCUGUUGUCCUACUUUUGAUCCAACUCUUGUUGUGUUCCUCAGAAGCACCGAGUUUCCUGAACCUAACUUCAGAUGAAGGAUUGCUGAUCUAAAGGAAGAAGGCUCAUAAUGAAAGGCCUGUUGCAGCUGGAUUAUGGACCCCCAAACCCGAUGUUUACUUGUUGGUCACAUCAAAAACCCGCCCAGGAGGUGAACAUUUUGCUACAAUCAAAAAAUAACCUGAUUCUUAGUUGGAAUGAAUACUACUUCAACUUUCAAUCACUGCUUUAUGUUGGGGGUGAUAGUGAGUGGUGAAGGUACAAAUAGGUAUGCAUGGAACUUUGUUAUCUGAAAAUGUUCUAGCUUGUUCAUUCCUUGACCAGCGUUUAAAAUAGAGUUUGAUACACAUCCAAGAUAUCAAUCCUAACCAGAGUUGCACAGCACAAUGUUUGUUGGAAAUCCAUUUACUCUGUUUGGCACAGAGCUUUAUGUGAAACCAAAGGCUCCAUCUGACAGUUGUUUACACUUGCUCAAACAUUCAUCAAUUUUCAGCACCUUCUGUGUUGAUGGUGCAGGGAAUUGAUAAUGAAAUUUAGUCUGAUUAAAACUCGACAUUCCGCUGCUGUAUGCUAAUGUCACUAUGUUUAAUGCUAUGGCCCAGUAAACUGCUGAAUAAAUCCUACCCACAGCUUUUCAUGACAUGGUGGCUCAGUGGUUAGCACUGCUGCCUCACGGUGCCAGCGACCUGGGUUCGAUCCCAGACUCGGGCGGCUGUGUGUAUGGAGUUUGCACACUCUUCCUGUGUCUGCGUGGGUUUGCUCCGGUUUCCUCCCACAGUCCAAAGAUGUGCAGGUUUGGUGGAUUGGCCAUGCUAAAUUGCCCUUAGAGUCCAGGGGAUGUGCAGGAUUACAAGGAUAGGGUAGGGGGGUUGGAUCUAUUGAGAUGCAGUGUGGAUUUGAUGGGAUGAAUGACCUGCUUCCACACAGUGGAGACUCUAUGAUUCGCCCACCUACUAGCAGUCAAUUGGAAAAAGUGCUUGAAGUUUGCAAUUUAGUUAUUAGCUCAUUUGGGAGUUGUUUCUCUGACAACCAACUUCAGAGGGCAUUAAGAUAUAAUCAUAUUGAUGUGGGGACUGAAGUGACAUGAUGUAUUGGCUCGGACUGGGCAAGAAUGACAGGCUUCUUUCCUUAAAGUGUUCCUUCCCGUUAGUAAACUUUCAUUGAGUUUUUAAUGACAAUUCGAUAAAUUCAUGGAGACACUUACAGGUGCAGCUUUUUACUCUGUUAGAAUCCAAACUUUCCAACUGCUGUGGUGGGAUUUGAACUCACUUCCUGCUGGGUGGCUAGUCCUGUUAAAUAAAGAAUUGAAAAUACAAGGCAAAGGAGGAUGCCUUUUGGCUCAUGAUGAUAUCUGUUUUGGCUGCAAACGAGCUGUCUGGCCUAAUCCUGUUUUCCAGCUCCUGGAAUACCUGUUUUAUAUCCAGGUAUUUUUAAAUGCAAAGAGCUUUUCACUUCUACCAAGCAGUGAGUUCCAAAUCCCUGCCACCUCGUGCGUGAAAUAACUUUGCCUUAACUCCCUCCCUAGUCUAUGUAAGAAUUACUUUACAUCCAUGCCGCUGAUCAUUGACCUCUCUGCUAAUGGACAUGGGUUCUUUGUGUCCCUCAUAAUUUUAUGCAACUUAUAAUUACACCGAACCCCAGCCUUCUCAGUUUCAGAAUAAGCCCAGUCUAGUCUUUCCUUUAUAAUUGAAGUUGUCCAUUCCUAGUGACAUUCUUGUACAUCUUCUCUGUUGCCUUGCUACUGUGAUUACAUCCUUCCUGUAUGCACUAGACUGUUUGAUGUCUAACUUGUGUUUUAUGUGGUUUUACAAUAAUCUUCUUGCUCUAUACUCUGUACCUUUUAUCCUCCUUGUGUUUUAUACACUGAAGCUAAAAUGAUCACUUCACUUGCAUGUGCUCAGUUAAAUGCAGCUGAUCAUGUUAAAUGGGUUAAUAACAUGUCAAUAGCUUUCCAGGCACAGACUUUUCAUGAGAGCCUGCUGGGAGUUCAGCAACAUACUCUAUGUCCAUGAGAAGCACCCAUGCAAGUUUCCUGCCUCAUGGAGAACUGCACAGGGAGUACCAAAACCAGGAAACAGCCUGCCAUUACUUAAACAUUGCACAAUGCAAACAGGCCUGAAAGAUACUUUGGCCAGGGUCCCAGUGGUCAUUCUGAAGUCAUGUCUUUCAGUGCUAACCCUGCAAAAUGCCAGAAGCUCAGCACUGGAGAAGACCAUGUGUGCUGGGGUUGUAUGUAGGGCCAUUAUAGGUAUAACACCUGCCUUUCUCAAGAGUGAAACAUAAGCCCCAUGGAGAUGGCAUUGAGCUCUUAAGAUCUAACUGCCAAAACUUCCAUGAAGUCCCUGUUCCUAGCCUGCACCCUGAACCUCCUUAGUGGAACUCCCUUUCCUGCUUGGAUGCACUGAUCCCAUCUUCGCUGCUGUGUGGGCACCACAAAUUCAAUUUGGGGCUGGAACAUUCUGUUUAAUGUACCAGUCUUGAGUCUGAUGGGAAC